UAAGCGAAGGAGUUUACAUCACUCUUUGGUAGCAUUUGUUAGCUUCUGAGCUGCUUUGAUUCAGUUUUCCUAAGCCUGCAAUAUUGAAGGCAUACAUUUUUGCCAAACUGUUAGUUUGUUGCUGUAAACGAUGGACGGCCCCGUACAAGAUGGUGCGCCGUUGGAGCAGGCCAUAGGCGAGGCGUACCUAGCUGGAAACAACGAGCACGCACCGCACGUGGGCCCGCAUGUCCCCGACGGCGGUGUCACGAUGGGAGACAUCGUACUCGAACUCUACAAGUCCAUAUGCAGCGAACUUGCAGGAGAAGUCCCGCUUUUGUCGUCCCUCCUCAGCGUAAUUUGGAUGGCAAUGGAGGAAACAGUGGGACAGCAGCUCGACAAGCUGUACGACGAAAUCCGCAAUGAGCAGCGAGAAGAGUUUGCACUGGACCUGAAGGACCAGUUCAAAGUGUUGGCACAGGAGGCGCGCAAAUACUUCAACAUGGCCAUGAACCAUCCCCAGAAGCGGGACCAGUUCAAUAAGGUCGACAUCCUGAUCACGCUCCUGCGCAGCCGCCUCGUCCAGUCUGACAAGUACGAGGCCAUUCGGGACGGUCUUGUCGACUACAAGACCCUGCCCCUGCUGGUGGCGCUCGGGACUUUCGAGCUGGUUGUGCGCAGGCAGGAGCUCGACCACUAUCGGGAGCUGUUCAAAGCGGACAUUCCGUCAGAGGAGGAGCGGCAAGCGAAGAUCGCCAACAUCCGCGAGACGAUCAAGAUCUACAGCGCCAAGUGUGCGGAGCGUGUCCUUGCCGUCAUGGCAUGGCGGGAAGGGUUCAUCAAGCUGGGAACGUCAGCCGCCGGCACAAUUAAUCUGACUUCGACCACGUACAGCGCAAAGGACGCGUACGACAAGGGCUGGUCCCAACAUGAGAAUAGGCAGGUCACUCCUUUCCUCCUCUUCUGGACUUUAGACAGCAACCCGGACGCACGUGCCAAGGCGGAGGCAGCGUACCACGCGCGGCGCAGCUCUGCGCUGACACAGUUCUCCCAGGAGCUGUGGGCGAUGAUGGCUGCUGCGAGAGCAUGGCAGUAUACCGACUCUGCCGUGCCGUACAACCCCGGUGGGCCGGCCUACAAGCCCAGCCCUCUCUACGGAACCCAAGUGCACGGCAGCACGCCCUUCGAGGACGCGCCCAGCGGCCGCCCCAUCACGUCCAUCGAGGUUGGGACGCAUGAGGGCCGUGUGGGGUCGCUGGAGCUCAGCUACCUGUUCGCCCCCGCAGGGGCGCACGGCUGGGACUAUGUGCGGGACAGUGACGCGAAGCGCGAGACCUCCCGCCUGGUCCUGGCGGAGGGUGAGGUGGUGCGCAAGGUGCGGGUCCGGGUGCGGGCGGCCUGCAAGGUACAGGAGCUGGUGUUUGUGACCAGCAGCGGGCGGGAGUUCAGGGGAGGUGGAGGCGGUGGUGAGGGCCUGCGCGCUGAUGAGGAGGUGGGGGAGUCGGGCGGAGAGGGCUGCGAGCUCGCUGGUGUGGAAGGGUAUGCGGGCGAGCGCUGCCUGACUGGGAUUCGGUUCCUUUGGCGGACGCAGGCGGAGGGCUAGGUGGGCAUGGCUAGCCGUACCUAUUGGUUAAUGGUGCAGUUUUGUUGCAAGCUCGGGGAGUAGGGGGGUGGAUGGCGGGUAGCUGUGCGGUGCCACUGCUGGUAGUGCAUCCUGACGGCGAGGCGCUGGAGUGGAGCGGCAUGGCGUGCGCGAGCAGGGGUAGUUUGUCAGUAUUUCAAUGCCCUCUUCAGAGAGUUUCGACUGCUGCUACUAGUCUGAGUCAGGACUCCGCUCUGAGCGCUUUUCCAAUAACUGCUGAACCCUGUGUGGUGUAUCCUUGUACAUGACUGAGGAAGUACUAUUGUAAAUUAUUAACAGCUUGCAAUUGCCCGAUAAAUGGAGUAUGGUCUAUUUCCUAUUCGCUGUUUUGUAGCAGGAGCUUGGCAGGAUUGAAGUAUUCGGGACUGCGCCUAAAAUGCAUAAUGUGUGCUGCAUUUGUUUACAUCUAGCGGCUCUGAGGCAUACCGCACUCGUGCGCGAGCAUCCGUCGGUGUUGCCAAAACAAGUUCGUCAUGGCUUCGCAAGCGUGUACAGGCUACCGUGCAUGCCAGGCUUCGACUUUGGUUCCAUGCAGUGUUACACCGCGAUGGGGUCAACAAGGCUGUCCACAGUAGUCCUACGCCGUCCUUGGACCGGUGCAGACAUGCAUUGCACGGUCGCUUGUUGCAUUCCGAUGCAAUCAGCUCUUUGUAAUUUGUAAUUUCUUCCUAGG